GAGAGAGAGAGAGCGAGAGAGAGAGAGCGAGAGAGAGCGAGAUUAUUAAGAGUUAUUAAGUGUGUGCCCAGUAGGUUGAAGAUGGAGGUAAUCUGUAAUCUUUCAGUCUUGCCCUUCGUGAUCCACUGUCGUUUUAUCCGGAUGACCAGAUGGCCCCUGUGCUCUCUUUCAUCCGACUCUGGGAACGACAAGGACAGAAAGGGAGACUGCAAAAGGAAGCAUAAUCUGACAGUUUUCCUGUCAACCGUGUCAGAAGAACGGGAUUAGAGAUGAAAGAGAACAGGAACGGAGGGACUGAGAAAGGAAAGAAAGAAUGGAGGGGUCGACAAACAGGUCAUGUCCCAACUAUUAUCCUGGCUCUGGCGUUAGUCAUUAGCGUAGCAGUGACAGUGAAGACCUCAGGGGGAUCGAUUGUGAGGACAGAUUCACUUGUGUUCCAUGGGCAGCAGCACUAGUAGUUUGUAUAGUGCGCUGGCGAAGACCAUCAGCAGCCCUGCUCUCUCUCAGCCGUGUGGCUCUGGGUACAAUCCAAAUAGCGACCUGGAUUUGCAUCAGGACCCGGUGGACCCUUUGGAGCUGCUGCGAGAAUGUAAAGAGGUUCUGAGAAACCGGCCAGCGCGACUGCAUAGAACCUUCGUUCAGACCGGGCAUUGGGACUCGAGGCAGAUGCAGAUCAGAGUUAUGCAGUGGAAUGUACUUGCACAAGCUCUCGGUGAAGGCAUGGACAGUUUUGUGAAGUGCCCCCUGGAUGCUCUGAACUGGCCUGAACGAAAGUAUUUGAUCCAGGAGGAGAUCCUGACCUACAAACCUGACAUCCUGUGUCUACAGGAAGUGGAUCACUACUUUGACAUGUUUCAGCCCAUUCUGGCUAGUUUAGGCUACCAGAGCAGUUUCUGCCCCAAACCGUGGUCCCCGUGUCUGGAUGUCGAGAACAACAAUGGCCCUGAUGGCUGUGCUCUGUUCUUCAACCACAAACGCUUCCAGUUGAUAAACACGACGAACCUACGACUGUCUGCCAUGAUGCUUAAGACUAAUCAGGUAGCGAUCGUCGCUACGCUGCGUUGCCAAGCAACGGGACGGGCUUUCUGUGUCGCCGUAACGCAUCUGAAGGCACGGAGCGGGUGGGAGGUCCUACGUAGCGCGCAAGGGUCGGAUCUCCUGCUGAACCUGAGGAACAUUGCACAGAGUGUGGGCACUGAAGAAAACGCAAACUCUGACGUUCCUCUGAUAGUAUGUGGUGAUUUUAAUGCAGAGCCAACAGAGGACGUCUACAGGAAUUUUGCAACAUCUAGUCUCGGAUUGGACAGUGCAUACAAGCAUCUGAGCACGGACGGAAAAACAGAGCCACUUUACACAACGUGGAAGAUCCGCCCAAGCGGGGAGAGCUGCCACACGCUGGAUUACGUGUGGUAUUCACACAGAGCGUUUCAUGUUCACGCAGUUUUGGACUUUCCUACAGCAGAACAAAUCGGACCAAACAGGCUGCCUUCUUAUAACUACCCAUCAGAUCACCUCUCGCUCGUCUGUGACUUAAGCUUUAAGGAUUUGACGCCUGUUUACUAAUAAAUCAACAGUUCAGACUUAAUAGUUGUUUCGCAAGAUGUUUAACAAGUUGCGCGCAACUUGGCAAUGUUUCUACAUGUUCUGUGUUGUUUUAUAAAUAAUACUUGAUGCAGUAAGUGCAUUCUUAAAGGGACGGUUCACACAAAAUAAACGUUCUGUCAUUAUUGAUUUCUCAUAUUAAAUCCAACUUUUUGUCAAAUUUUGCUAAAUACUUUGUUGUUCCACAAACACAAAGUAAAUGAUGACUGUUUUUAUUUUGGGUGACAUAUUCCUUUUUUGUAUGCACCUGACAUUGAGAAUGUAGGUUUAAAUACAAAAAAAACUUUUUCAGGUAAAACUUGAUUCAAUUCAUCUUCAGAUAUGAUUGAACUUGAUGAAGCUUAUGUGCGUCCAACAAAUGCGUUGUUGUAUUCCUGUUGCAGACUUAAAGUAAUAAAUAAAACCAAAUAGUUUGAUCAAAAGUAAUACGUCUUGUU